AUGAAGCCUGCGGAUGGCUCCAUGUCUCGCAUGCUGGAAGGCAAUUCCCUGGAACUCCUGACCAAACUGGCCAUUCUGGGCAUUUGUAUUGAGCCGACUUUGGUGCCGUCCGUGGCAGCCUCGCCUGCAGGUCCCCAUCACCGUCGUGAGGCCAAGCCCGCCAACGCAACAGGACAGUUCCCCAAGCCGGAUGAUCCCUUCAACUUUAUACCUUGCCUCUCAAACACCACUAUCGAAGGCAUCCCGCUGCUGAACGAUACAAAUCCCAAGGAGACGUGGGAAAAGGCGUUUGACCCCAACCCGGACAAGUGGGUUUGGGGUGAAGCGCCUGACAAUUCGACAACACCUGGUUCCUCGAAUUCCACCGACCGGUAUAAAGAAAGGGGCCUCUACCUUUGUGGAUACAUGGACGUCCCCAUGGACUACCUCAACAAGUCGGAUACGCGAAUCCAGCGCCUGGCCGUCAACAAAUAUCAAGUGUCCGGUCUUGGAGCCAAGAGCGCGAGAACCAUCGUGGUGAACCCCGGGGGCCCCGGGGGAAGUGGUGUGGGAAUGGUUUUUGGUGGCGGGAGCACACUUUCGGAAGAAAUGAGCAAUGGAUUGUUCGACGUGCUCGGCUUUGACCCUCGCGGCGUGGGACUGUCGCAGCCCGCCCUAGAUUGCUAUCCUGCUGCGCUCCAGGAUCGUUGGAGCCUGGCGGCGCUCCAGGAUCGUUGGAGCCUGGCGGUUGGCAAAGAUCUCAAAGAGUCCCCGUCCCCUCGCCAGCAAUUGGAGGUGGUCAACGCCGUGAAUGACGCCAGGUUCAAGGCCUGCUUUGAGCAACUCGGCGACGUCCCCCGAUUUGUCUCGACGGCGUCCGUCGCCCGCGACGUCGAGGCGAUUCGCGUUGCCCUUGGAGAGCCAGAGCUAACGGGACUCAUGAUAAGCUACGGCACCACGCUUGGUCAAAUCUACGCCAACAUGUUCCCCGACAAAGUGGGACGCCUUGUCCUGGACGGCGUCGACUACUCCAGAAAGCACAGAUUCACGGGAGGGUACGCAGCCACUGCGGUCCACGGCACAACGGCUGCUUGGAACGAAGGCUUCCUGGGAGAAUGUGUCGCCGCCGGCCCCGGCAAAUGCGCCCUUGCCAAGGCAGCUAAUGGCUCCGAGGCGACCUUGGACAGCUUAAAGGCAAGGAUGGCUAGGCUCCUUGACGGAUUGGCCAGGCGUCCGAUACCAGCAUACCACGAGGAGGCCGGGCCGGUGAUUAUUACAUACGGCACCAUGAUGGGGGUGAUUGGAGGUGCGCUCUAUAAUCCGCGUUUCUGGCCAGAGCUGGCUCAAAUGCUCGCGGAUUUGGAAUCUGGCAACACUACAGCGGCUGCCUCUGUGGCACAUGGACAAUUCCAGUACAAACCACACGAGCCUCAAAAGCCUCUGGGUUUCGCGAAUGAGCUCCUGUACAUGGUGGUAUGCGGAGACGCGAGCGGCGACGGCCCUCCUGCCAGCGGCCUCGACUUUUGGGAAUCCCUCUGGCGCAACCUGACUGAAAAGAGCUUCCUGACCGGAGGGGGAAAUUUUGGAACCGUGUUCCCGUGCCAAAACUACAACAAGUACUGGCCAAAGGGCGCAGCGUUGUAUCAAGGCGACUUGAAUAACACCCUCAAGCACCCAAUCUUGCUUGUCGCGGAAACACACGAUCCUGUUACGCCCCUCCAAAAUGCUCGCGAGCUUCACGAGGAAAUGGGCGUGAGAAAUGCCAGGCUGGUCGUACACCAUGGGUAUGGGCAUGCUUCAUUAAACGAUCCAUCAGACUGUACCAAGGCUCUUGUUCGUGGAUACCUGCUGAAUGGCACUAUUCCAGAGACGAGAGAGACCGAGUGCUACGCCAAUGGCAAGCCGUACCGCUACUCUAAUAGUACAAACCAGAAGCGAUCCUUGCCCAUGAUUGGCAACGUACCCAUGAGGCUUCCUCUCUAG